CUGACAAUGACAAUUGUGUCAAAAUAAGUCAAUGAACUGAUUGUUGUGAAGGGUAAUUUCGUGUUAUUGUGAUUUUUAAUUCCUAUAAUAAAUAGUAAAUUCGAUCAAAUCUGUGGUGUUAAAUAUAAUAGUAUUUCUAUCCUACACAACUUAAUGUGAUUUUUGGUUAGCAAAAGUACUUUUAGAAACAUGGAAGCUAAUGAGCCAACUCCAGAAGCAUUACAGAGGAAAUUAUACUUUUUACUAGAGCAGCUACAGGAUAUGGCCAGAGAGUUACCACCGAAAUAUCAAAUGAGAGUACCAAUUGAGUUACUAUCUGGAUUAGCAAACUGUCUUCUAAACGAUACUGUAUUUGAAAUAGUUAAAGGACUUAUGGAAAUUCAACAUGUAACUGAAAAACAUUUGUUUCAACAAAGACAACAAGUUAUAAAUAAACAUGCAAUGGAAUUACAAAACUUGAUCAACACUACACCGAAUCCAGAGCAACAGGAACUUCAGAAAACAUUAUUAACAUCAAGACACAAGGAAGAGUUAAGACACACAGAUAUGAAAUUAGUUCUUCAAUUAGAUCAAAAAGUGAGUGACCAACAGGUGACUUUGGAAAAAGCCGGAGUGCCAGGCUUCUUUGUCACCAAUAAACCAAUAGAAGUUAAAGUACAGAUGUACCUAUUAGAUUUCAUUCUUAGACUAAGUAAUAUGGAUAUACCACAUUAAUUUAAAAAUAUUGUAACACCUUUUAUCCCCUAAGAGGUAGGCAAAGGCGCACUUUACGGCAUGUAAUGUCAUUGUACAAUGUACACCCACAUUUCAAAUAAAACAAUUUGUUAAUGUAGACUCCUACUACUUUAACAUAUAUGGUGAAAAGUGGGCCUAUCGUCAUAAAACGGGCACAAUUCCAGAGUCUAACAACCGUAAACAACCCAGUCGUAAUUUGACCGGCCCCGGAUCGAACCUGAGACCCUUUGCCCGCCAGUCGCGCUUGCAACCACUCGACUAAAGAUGUACGACGCAUUGUUUUCAUAUUAAUCAUUGUUAAUAUUUUUAUGUUAUUAUAAUAAAAGUAAAUGAAAAGCC